CCGUAAAACUAUUUAAAAAAAAACUUACCUACCUACGCGAAUUUGCGCGGAUGUCUGAAAUAUUUACCUAGCACGCUUCGCGCGGAUCAAAUGUAACAGGCGCUAAUGUUAUAUUUCAGUGUUUAUAUAUUUUAAUGUACACAUUUAGCCAUUUAAAAUAUUUUUUGGAGUGUAAUUAUUUGUGAUCAGCACUUAGUACUUUUGUUUUCUUGUGAUGUUUUGCUAUUAAGUGAUACUCAUCAAAUGCAAGUGCAGCAACUAUUCAAUGCAAUCUCGCAACACGAUUAUGAAGACAGUGUAAAUUCUAAACACGGCUUAAUGUCCUCUAAGAUGAUGGAAACCCGUUACUACGAGGGAUGUGGACGUGAAGGUCCAAUCCGAUGCAUUUUUCUAGGAGAAUUUCAUCCUGUCGCAGGACCUAAGAUCUCGUGUCAGUUUCCAGAAGAUUACAUAUCCAAAGAAGUAUUUGAUUCAAUCAGCGCCUACAUUAUACCCAAACCACAAAUACAAAAAUGCACUAUGACAAUAAAUGCCCUUGGUCACAAAAUAGUGGGCUACCCGAUCAGGAUAGACAACUCUCGGUACGAGCGCAACGUGUACCUGUUCAACCUGUGCUUUGUAUGUGACAGCUGGUCCAAGACCGUCCAGUACGAGCCUGUUGUCAAGAAACUAGGAGAACACUUGACAAUAAUGGAAGAGGAGACACGCUUUGUAUCAAGUGGAUGCACCAAACUGCCGACACUGCUCGCUCACCUUCUACACGACCUCAACACACAUCGUAAAGCUACAUUAGUAGAAGGUGACACGGUGAUGCACCUGAAGGUGCUGGAGGUGCGUAAGGAUCCUAGUCCGGUGCACGAUCACGACGUGCCGGUGCUGGUGGCGUCGGUGGGGCUGCCGCGGCCGGGCCGGGCGCCGCGCGCCGCGCCGCCCGCCGCCGCCGCCGCCGCGCCACCACCCGCCGCCCAGCACCGCCAGCACCUCGACCCCGACCCUGACGACGAGGAGCCCUUCCACGUCGACAUGGACGCCGACUGGGACCUCACCACCAGACAGCUACUCCCAUACAUCAACGGGUACAAUCAUGUAUCGAAGAUAGCCGCCGACACCAACGUAGAGAAGACACUGGUCAAGUCGUGUAUUCAGAAUUUACUCUACUACGGUGUGGUGACGCUGAUACCCGUGCUGAAGUUCAGCAACAUGUACCGAGCCACGCCGAGCCUUAGCCGCUUGUUUAGUGACCAUGAACUUCAAAAGUCCUGUCUCGCCUUCAUCUCUAUGGGUUCUGAUGCUAAACAAAAGCCCAAGUUGUCGGACGUGGUGGAGACGCUGUGCGCGCUGCAGCAGGGCACCACGCUGCGCGCGGUCAGCGAACGAUUCUGCAGCGCGCCGCCCGCCACCUUCGACAUCCGCCGCCUCGUCGUCUUCGCGCAGAUGCACGGCCUCAUCAAGUGUCUCAAACGGUACCCGGUGUACAUCCGGAGCCCGGCGCGGCCCAACGGGUUCGCGAGCCGCGGCGCCGGCGGCGGCGGCGGCGGCGGCGGCUCGGGCUCGGAAGCGGCGCUCGGCAUCCGGCGGCUGUUCACCGGCCGCCACUGCGCCGACGAGAUCUGCUGCUUGGCGCGCAUCGACCUCGCCGCGCUCGACCAGAUCAUCGAGGACGACCCCAACAUCGCCAUCAUAUGGAGGUAGACACGCGCGCGGACCCGCUGCCUGGCAUUUAUAUACUGGCUACCACGCUCACUCAUACUCUAACCCCCUAUACUUAUGAAAAUCUCACUACUCCAUACUAUAACAUCCCAUGGUUAAAUACAGCCGGCGCAACCCGACGUUAGUAUUCUUUUGAGGCCAUAACCUACACAAGUCGUAAUUAAGUACUAUUCGUAAAGAAACAUUGGGCAAAUAAUUAUACCAAUGAUCUUGUCUUCGCCCAGUGUCCAAGUAUUGUAGACUUUAUUCAUUAAUGUAUUCGUAGUCUGCGCUGGUCGCGUGCUAUCGGGCGGGCUGUAUGCUCAGCUAUUAUACAUUUGUAAAUAUAGGGGGUUAGUAUAACUUUGCUAUGGCUGUAAGGUUAAGGAUACGUCGUAGUUUUCCAGUUCGUUUCUUGUUAGUAUCAUGAGUCGUUGUGGAACCAAGGCUCCCAUGUCAACAGCAGGUCCCUUUUGACCUUCCACUACCUACACUACGUUACUGACGCUAUGUGUGUGUGUUGGUAAUGUUUUACAAAUCUUAAUGUUUGUAGUAUUAACUUUUUGUUGUCAUAAUUCUUUUGAAUAAAUUCAGAAUUAUAAUGUUUUGUUUGCAAUGUUAAUUGGUAUCGGAACUGGAAUGUGGCGCACGUGUCCUAAAUCCUGUGAGCUCGUGCAGUCCAACUGCACAUCGACCGCUGCGCGUGGCCGGCCAGUGAUGCGGCAAUCAUCUAGCGAUUACUUUAUUCAGUAUUAUUACUUUCAAACGUCGUAUUAUAUUUAUACAUUUUGUUAUAUAUAUAUAUAUAUAUAU